GCGAGGAGCUCAGAACUCUCUCUCUCUAUCUAUGGAGUCUUCCUCUUUACUCAGUCAGUUCAGUUUCAGGAGAAGCCCUGAAAUAAGAUUAAAUGGAAGAAACCACGGACGGGCGGCCUCUGGAUUUGUAAAAGUACCUCAAAAACCAUGGCAAAGAAGAUACGUUGGAACACAACCGUGUUUGGCCACUGCCCGUGGUGGCUUCAGCCAGGGGUUGCCCGGAGUAGGUGAUGGCGAUGGUGUGAUCAUUGUGGACCAUGGUUCGCGUCGGAAGGAGUCAAAUCUUAUGCUAAGUGAGUUUGUUACAAUGUUCAAAGAGAAAACCAAGUACCCCAUUGUGGAGCCUGCCCACAUGGAAUUGGCAGAACCAUCCAUCAAGAAUGCAUUUAGUUCGUGUGUUCAGAAAGGAGCACGCCGAAUUGUUGUGAGCCCAUUUUUCCUUUUCCCUGGACGACACUGGAACCAGGAUAUCCCUUCUUUAACUGCUGAAGCUGCCAAGGAACAUCCGGGGGUAUCAUAUGUCGUUACAGCACCUCUAGGCCUGCAUGAACUACUCGUGGAUAUUUUAAAUGACAGAAUCAAAUAUUGCUUAAGCCAUGUUGCUGGAUAUGCUGACGAGUGUUCAGUUUGCGCUGGAACAGGAAAAUGUCAUCUCUACGAAUGAUGUAAGUGGAUAUUGGAUCCUGCGUUUUGGCUAAUAGAUUUUAUCUCAAAUAUUUAUGAUAAGAUUAUUGGGUAAGGGGCAUCUACCAAAAGUGGAGGAUGCGAAUCAAAGAAUUGGUUCUGAGGAUGACUCAUAUAGAGACUAUCAGUCGAACUUGGAACCAAAGCUACAGCUCCUGGCCUUGAAAAGUUGCAAUUUUGAGCUACGCUGUAGAGAAGAGUUGAAGAUGGUUUUGCCUCUUCUUUCACCUUUUGUAGCUUGUAUGUUAGUAUUAUAUUCUGCUUAACUGGUUAGAUCAUUUCUUCUACACAUUCUGAAGAUUUUUGGGUAUAAAUCUUCUCCUGCAAUUAGCAGAGCAAAGUAGAAAAAUUGUAUUUGUUGGAUUAUUUUUCUGUACAACAUUGUGCAAGUCUAUCUUAUCAAGUGAUAAAAGUACCUCAA